AAUGUAAUCCACCAGCAUGUAUUUGCUUUUAAAGCAUAAAAAUACUGAGUCGGGCAAUGGCCCCUGACCUGUGAGGACUUUCAACUCCAACUCACUAUUUUUCCACCACCACUUGAAGGUGGAGGGAAAAAAUGGGUUCGGCUGAGCCAGGCAUUUUCCUGUUGCUGUUCCUUUACAUGACCACUGGAAGUUGGGCAGGAGACUGUAAAGGACAAAGGCAGAUUCUCAGAGGGCCUCCAGGAUAUGUGUCAGAUGGCCCAGGAAACUACUCAGUAAAUGGCAACUGUGAAUGGCUAAUCACAGCUCCUGGCAGCCAUUAUCAUAUUGUGCUCAACUUUACAUUUAUGGACACAGAGUGCACGUAUGAUUACCUGUUCAUCUAUGAUGGCGAUUCCUAUCAGAGCCCACUUCUUGCCAGUCUAAGUGGUAAUACUCUACCCCAGCCGAUAGAAGCGAAGUCAGGCAAGAUGCUAAUCCACCUAUUCAGUGAUGCCAACUACAACUUACUGGGUUUUAAUGCCACCUACACGUUUUCACUUUGCCCUGGAGAUUGUGGAGGUCAUGGACGCUGUGAUCCUGCUUCAUCUCGCUGUCAGUGCCAUCAGGGUUGGGGAGGGCCAGACUGUACGAUGCCACUCUGCUCCACAGACUGCACGAAACAUGAACACGGCCAGUGUGAUAAGAAGGGAGAGCGUUGCCUCUGCAGUUCAGGCUUUGUGGGAAAGAGCUGUCAGCUGAAUCUGCGUGACAACAGUGGUACUGGACAGUGGUUUGGGAUGAACCGUGGAGACUGGAGUUUUUCUCCUCGGACUGCAUCAGGGGGCGUCUACCUGCACUCGACCAAAAACCUCUAUGUGUUUGGAGGUUUUGACUUGAACAAAGCACUGGGUGACCUUGUGGAAUACAAUUUUUCAACCAAUCAGUGGAAGAAGAAGUUGCAUUCAUUUGCCCCGGCUGCCCGUCAUUCUCAUACGGCAGUGGAAUGGCAGGGUAACAUGGUCAUCUAUGGUGGGGAGCUUAAUAACCACUCAUUGGCUAGUGAUGUUUGGUUGUACCAGCCACAGCAAAAUGACUGGCAGCAGCUUGGGCAGCCAAAUGCUCAAGGAGCUCCUAAGCUAGCAAAUCAUGCAGCAGCUGUAGUGGACAUGUAUUUGUAUGUGUUUGGGGGGCGUACAGAAGAGGACAUGUUCUCUUCCUCUCUCUAUCGCUUUCAUUUAGGAGAUAGGGUUUGGGAGAUGGUGCAGCCCUAUGGAGGAAAGCCUCCUGCUACAGCAGGUCACAGCAUGGUCUUUCACUCUCUAUCCAGGACUCUGCUGGUAUACGGAGGGCACAGACCAACCACAGCCAGAUUUAGCGUGAGGGUAAACUCAACAGAUAUUUACCAUGUGGACAAACGUGUUUGGACCUCCCUUCGGUCUCGUUACCCUGCCCAUGGACCUCGGGAGAGAGCCUUCCAUUCAGCCACCAUCAUUGGAAACUACAUGGUGGUCUUUGGUGGAAAUGUGCACAUCCAUUACUUGGAAGAGAAGUGCUAUGAUGAAGAGAUCUUCUUUUACCAUCUGGGUUGCCACCAGUGGGUUUCUACAGGAGAAAGUCACAUACACCGAAGCCAGGCUGUGAGAGGACGCUAUUCCCACGUAGCAGCUGCGAUGGAUGGCCGUGUGCUGCUUAUUGCCAGCGGGUACAGUGGAGUUGCCCUUGGUGACCUGAUGGCAUAUAAAGUCCCAUUAUUUGUCACCAGUGACCCUGGAGAUCGAGAUGCAGUCUGUGCUGAGGCCCCAGAUGAGAGAAUGUGUCUUAAAAACCCUGAAUGCAGCUGGUGUGAGGGUCGCUGUAGGGAGUACCAGCCGAGUGACCCGUGUGGUAGCACUGGCUGUUUGGGUCUGGCACGUUUUCUUUCUGAUUGCCAGUCAUGCCUGGUGUUCAGUGGAGUGCCCAACUCUCUUCCCCGUGCCCCUGGGGAUUUUGGCUGGUGCGUCCAGAAUGAUUCCUGUUUGUCUGUCUCAGAGCGUAGUGCAUGCCGCGUGGACCAGAUCUCAGGGGCGUACGGCUGGUGGGGGGAGCGGACGAGUUUCCUGACUUCCCUCCCCUCCUGUCGCACCGAGAACUUUGUCCCGGGACUGCACCUGCUUACCUUUCAGCACCCGCGCAACCACUCUCAGCCCGACAAGGUGUCCAUUCUGAGAAGCGCUUCCAUCAUCCUCAACCCAUCCACUGAGAUCGAUGUCACCCUGCAGUUUCGGGGUUUUAUUCACCCUCUGUUGGGGGCCCCCCCACCUGCUUCCCCUCCACAGGAGACUGUGGCGAUGUGGGCUCGAAUUCAGAAGCUUCACUUUACUGUUAAAAUGGCUGCAGGUCCAAACUCGGCCCAUCUGACUGAUGUUCUUGGGCGCUGGUCAGCUCAAGAGGAGAAGGAAAGCCGCUUUCUGUCAAGGCCGGACGGUUCUCGCCUGUUCCAGAACCUGACACGUGGCAACCGUUAUUUGGUACAGGCAGAGGGCUACUUGAACAGCUCUGCUUCUGGCCAGACCAGCGAGAUGGCCCUUACCUGGAACCGAACUGCCAUACCUGGAGGAAGUGAGAUCUCAUUCCUGUUCUUGGAGCCGUAUCGCUCAGAGUUGUGUUCCACAUAUCGUUCCUGUUUGGCUUGUCUGUCCGAUCAGUCCUGUGGUUGGUGUGCCAUCACAAACACCUGCAUGCUGCGCUCCAACGUCAGUGAUGAGCUUUGCUUAAAUACACAGGGAGAGGAGCACCACCUGCUGCUCAACCCCCAGCACUGCAUGUUAUGUGAGGAGUACAGAGACUGCAGGGCCUGCACUCAGGAUCCUUACUGCGAGUGGCAGAUUAACUCCAGUAAGAAGGGAGAUUACCUAUGCAGUCGGCGAGGAAGACUGGAAGGCUCCAUCCGGGAUCCGGCAAGCUGUCCUGUAGUCUGUAACCAGAGGAGAACAUGUAGUGAGUGUCUGUCUAACUCUAGCCAGUGUGCCUGGUGCGAGUCUGCUCAGACAUGUUUCUACUUUGCUGCUUACCUCACAAAGUUUCCCUAUGGGGAAUGCAGAGACUGGUAUGAUAGUGUUCACUCAGUUCCUCAGUGUAAGCAGUGUUCUGCUUUAGCCACAUGUACAGAAUGCCUGCAGACCUUUCAGUGUGGCUGGUGUGGGGAUUACAGUAACCCCACUUUUGGCAGGUGUUUGAAAGGAGACUGGGGUGGAAUGAUCGACCCUUCUGUGACUAACUGCACUGUUGCUGUUGCUGAAGUGAAGGCCUCAAGACCUGAACCACGGACCUUAUCACCACCACGACUAAUAGACUUUGAGAUUGAGCUUGAGCUGUUGGAGGGGGUGGAGGGUGAUGGAGAGGCUGUGUGGUCCUAUGCUUCUUGUCCUGAUGUAGAGGAGUGCAGGCUGGGCCUCCACACAUGCCAUCCCUCAGCUACCUGUAUAAACACUCCCACUUCCUAUGAGUGCCACUGUGAGAGAGGCUUUACUGGAGAUGGAGAGCGUUACUGCAAUCAGACGUGUAUUAACAAAUGCCGUGAAGGCAAGUGCAGUGGCAGUCCGCGGUUUGAAUGCGAAUGCUCUUUGGGUUGGACCUCAAAUCGAGCCAUUCAAAAUUUAAGCGGUGUGGAGUGCGAUGUUGACUGUGGAUGCAACUUUCACAGCACCUGCAAUACAGCAGUAAGAAUCUGUGACCAGUGCCAGGACUGGACUACAGGACCACACUGCGAGUACUGUCAUCCAGGAAGUUUCGGUUCAGCGCUGGCUAGUGGUAAAGGCUGUGUGCCGUGUGAGUGUAAUGGGCACGGUGACCCGCUGCAGGGUUACUGCCACAAUCAAACAGGCCAGUGCUACUGUACACACCAUACACAUGGAGCACACUGCGAAUUCUGCCUGCCUGGCUACUAUGGAGACCCAAGGAACAAUGGCACAUGUUUUAGGCAGUGUCAGAGUCGUUCUAUUGUCUUGUCAUCCUCGUCCGCCACCUCGCUCCCUCUCUCAUCCUCCCUUGGUUGGCAUGGAGUGACAGAAGGCCAGGGUGGUCUUUCACACUGCCUGUGGGUCCUCUCUGUCUCUCAGGACCUUACACCAUGCAUGCCUGGCCAACUUUGUCCACCUGUGGCAUUGACCCUACAUCCAAACUCCUACAGUCAUUGCACAAACUCGUAUGUGUAUGUAUUUGAUGGUCUGCCGCGUUUUCUCAAUGAUGGUGUGAUGCACUCGGACCACAACUUGCUUGGUGCAUUUUGUGGCAUAGCUCGAAAUCAGCCUAUCACAGUUGAAGCCACAUCUGGUGUCAUCUCUGUGUACUUCGAGGCAAACAUGUCCUCGACUCAUCCUCAAGGUUUUAACGCCUCAUUUUGGGUGCGACGCUGUUCUAAGAAAGAAUCUAAAGAGGGCGUGAAUAACUCUUCUGAAUGCCAGGGUCUGGCUCAGUGUCAUGAAGGAAUCUGCCAGUGUCCCAGCGGUUAUGGUGGGCCACUCUGUGAUCGGCCUAUUUGCCCUGGAAAUUGUGGUUCUCAAGAGGGCAAAGGCAUCUGUAAUACAACUUUAGGAGUGUGUGUUUGUGCUAUUGGCUGGGCUGGAUCUGACUGCUCCUCCAUCUCAGAUGCAAACAGCCUUGUGUGGGAAAAUCUGCUAGACACACAGCUCACUGUGAAUCCAUCCUACAGGUUCCUUCAGAGAAUGGGUCAUACAUUGGCUUCUGGACCUCAAGGCACUCUCUGGAUGUAUGGUGGCUUAUCUCUGUCUGAGGGAAUUGUGGGAAAUGUAUACAGAUACUUUGUUGUUGAGCGACGCUGGACACAAAUGCUCACCAGUUCAGAGGGGGAAGGAUCUGCCCCCAAACCUCGCUACUACCACGCCUCUGCUGUGGUUUCCAUUCAUGACCAUAUGUCUGGUACUGCAAAUGCCAAUCACUGCUUGAUGUUUGUGGUGGGUGGAGUCACACAGAAUGGUGUUACUAGUGGUACAUGGAGCCUCAAUCUUGGCAGUCUAAUAUGGACAGAAUAUAAGAGCUCAGUUCUGCCCCCGGUGGCUGGUCACACACUGACAGUGCGCAGGGGCUCUUCUGUGUUACUGAUCGGAGGCUACUCUCCAGAGAAUGGGUUCAAUCACCACCUGCUAGAGUUCAAUCCACAGUCUGGGAACUGGACUAUUAAGCCACACACUGGUACACCACCUACAGGCCUCUAUGGGCAUUCUGCAGUGUAUCAUGAGCAGACCGAUGCCAUUUAUGUGUUUGGAGGUUACCGUUUCCAUGUGGAAACUGUAGAACCUUCUGGAGAACUAUAUAGCCUUUACUACCCUAACCUCACCUGGUCCCUACUUGUGCCAUCUCGAGGAAAUAAGGUGAUUAAACCAGCAACUAAAAGCACCGUCUUCUGUUUUCAGUAGUGUUAAAAAAAAGAGUUAGUCAGCCUAAUUAUUGUCUUUUUAUUUUUUUAUUUUUUUAUUUUUUAGCCCCUUUCACGUUUUUUUCAUGCGGCAGCACUACUGAAAGACACCAUGGUAAUUGUUGGAGGUCGAACAGGAGCGGAAGACUACAGUAACAGUGUAUACCUUUAUCAGAUCAACUGCAAUACAUGGAUCCAGCCUGCAUCUUCAAUCGGUGAACCAUUUAACCACUCCAUCUCUUUGGCAAUGACAACCUGGGAAGGCCGCCUGUUUUUGUCGGGUGGAUUUAAUGGGGUCAUGCUGGGUCGGCUGUUGGCCCUCUCUGUGCCCUCUGACCCCUGCGUCCUGCUUUCUACACCUGAGGCCUGUAACAGCAGCUCAGGCAGUUGUGUGUGGUGCCGAGGCACCUGCACCUCCUCAGACACAGCAGAAAGGCUGGGUUGUCCUGUUAGCCAUUCCCCAUGCUUUCCCACUCCCCGUGUUCCUGAUCAGUGCCGUAGACUAAAAACAUGCAGUGAAUGCCUGGCACGACAUCCCAGAACAUUCUCAAGUCCUGCACAGCCGACUUUGCAGUGUAAGUGGUGCACUAACUGUCCUGAAGGAGCAUGUAUCAGCAGCUCUGUGAGUUGCACUACGGAACACGACUGCAGGAUAAACCAAAGGGAGAUUUUUCUUUCUAGCAACUGCACUGAAACCAGCUGUGAAGCAUCUGACUGCCCCAAAUGCACAGCCUCUGGAAAGUGUAUGUGGACACGGCAGUUUAAACGCACUGGAGAGACCAGACGUAUUCUGAGCGUUAAUCCGACGUAUGACUGGACGUGUUUCAGCUAUGCUCUGCUGAACGUGUCGCCCAUGCAGGUGGAGUCAUCCCCCCCUAUGCCCUGUCCUGAGCCUUGUCACCAAAUCCAGACAUGUAAUCAGUGUCUCAGCUCUCGUGGUUCAGAUGGGGGGUGGCAACACUGUGUGUGGAGCAUGGCACUACAGCAGUGCAUGAGUCCUUCGUUUGUUCCGUUGCGUUGUGAGGCUGGUCAGUGUGGUCGUCUGCUAAAUAGUGGAGACUCAUGCUCACCCCACUGCUCCCAACUGACCCAGUGUUCCCAGUGCAUUGCCCGACCACAGUGUGGCUGGUGUGCUACCCGCAGUGCCAAUGGGGCAGGGCGCUGCUUGCAAGGUGGACUGGGUGGUGUGAGUGAGUCACUUUGUCCACAGCGGAACAGCAGCUGGUCAUUCUUGCACUGUCCAGAAGAGGAUGAGUGUGCCAAUGGACAUCACCGCUGCAAUGUUACCCAGGACUGCCAUGACCUGCCUGAUGGCUACCAUUGCACCUGCAGACAGGGAUACAUACUUAGCAGUGUAUCUGGGCAGUGUGAGCCAGUGUGUGUGCAGGGCUGUGUUAAUGGCACAUGUAUGUCACCUGGAGUCUGCCAGUGUCACUUUGGCUUUGUUGGGGAGAAUUGCUCCUCUCAGUGCCGAUGUAACAAGCACAGCAACUGUAUGAGUGUCUCUGAACUGGAUACCUGUCUGGAGUGCCAUAACCACACUAAGGGCCAGCACUGUGAGAAGUGUAAACCAUUGUAUGUUGGAUCUGCAAUCGGUGGUGGAGUGUGUCGGCCCUGUCGGGAGUUUUGCAGGGGAAACAGUGAUGUAUGUUUGUCUAAAGAUGAGCUCAAGUUGGCACUGGAACACCCAAGGAAAUAUCCACUUGACCCUGAUGGUAUUAUAAAGUGGAUAUCAGAAGGCCCUACUGAGGAUAAUGCUGUAUGUGUGAGCUGUCUGAACAACAGUGUUGGUGACAAGUGUGAGAGCUGCCUCAGUGGCUACUUUUUGCUGCAGGGCAAGUGUGAAAAGUGUCAGUGUAAUGGCCAUGCAGACACUUGUAAUGAGCAUGAUGGUACAGGUUGCCCCUGCCAAAACAACACAGAGACAGCAUCCUGUCUAAGCAGCUCACAGAAUGACCGCAAAGAGUGUUACAGACAACAGUGUGCCAAGUGCAAGGAUUCAUUCAAUGGCACCCCAAUUAAUGGCCGUCAGUGUUAUCGGCAAUUUAAUGUGGACAAUGAGUGCUGCUUUGACCCAACAUCACAGGUCAACUGCUUCCAUGAGCCCAAUAUCCGGAACCUGCCAAUGGGACGCACAGUGUUUUUCUCUGCUCAGCCCAAGUUUACAAAUGUGGACAUUCGCGUCACUAUUGACGUGACCUUUGGGGAGGUUGAGGUGUUUGUUUCUAACUCCCAUGAUACUUUCAUUGUGGAAGUGGAUCGGCAAACAGGCAUACACACUAUUAAAAUUGCGGACGACGUAACCGCUGCACCCAUAACCCGAGGAGACAAAGAGGUUCCUUUAGCGCUCUCGCCAUUGAAAGUGAACGCAAAUUUAUCAUCUUCUGCCAUCCUUGGUUUGCAUUCCAAACCACAUGGUGCUGAACGGGAAGUGCGGGAGGAGCGAGCCGAUGGCCUCAUCACGUACAUCACGGUGUGGAAGCCGCAGACAGUGUUGAUUGUGCGUGGUGUGCGUGACCGUGUUGUUAUCACCUUUCCACAUGAGGUGCACUCGCUCAAAUCCAGCCGCUUUUUCAUUGCUCUGCGUGGAGUGGGCACAGAUAGCCAUGGUGGUGAGUCACAAGGGUUGCUGUUCCUGCGCCAGGACCAGCCGCACAUCGACCUGUUUGUGUUCUUCUCCGUCUUCUUCUCCUGCUUCUUCCUCUUUCUGUCCGUGUGCGUGCUACUUUGGAAGGUUAAGCAGUUCUUAGACUUCCGGCGUGAGCAACGGCGCCACAUCAAAGAGAUGACCAAGAUGGCAUCACGUCCCUUUGCCAAGCUCACUGUCUACUUGGAGCCAGACGAGCCUCAGCUCAUCUACCUGCCGUCAGCUGGUGGAGGCGGGGCUGUCUCAUUAGCACAUGUGAGGACUGGCAAAAUGGGAGGUAUGGUCAGUCGAGGGAGACCCGGUGGACUGUCGUACAAACAUGAUCCGAGUGCUGGUAGUGUGACACGCCAUUAUCACCACCACCCUGCCCUUGGUGGAGUCAACAGUGGACAGCAUCUAUCUUUACACUACCUGAAUUCCCAUCAUUAUGUGCCCAGCUCUGCCACCAACCCAACAUCACACCACCACCAUCAUCACCUAGCUUCCCAUAGCAGUUACCAGCACUUCUGUCGCUCUGACCCCUUCCUCUCACAGCUAUUGGGCUUCUCCUAUUCCUCCUUUAAGGUCGGGCCCAUCACUCUUGAGCCCACUGAUGAUGGCAUGGCGGGAGUUGCCACUGUCCUAUUCCAGCUGCCUGGUGGCAUCUUGGCACCUAACCGGGCCUGCCUGGGUUCUGCUCUGGUCACCCUGAGACAAAAUCUGCAGGAGUAUUGUGGGCAUGGUGGAGCAGGUACACAUCCUGGGGUCGGGGGCAGUCGAAAAGGAAUCCUGGGCCACCAGCACCUUACCACCAUGGCCAUGUAAGGAGCAGAAAGCUGUCAAAGCAGAGGAAGAGCUGAACUGAUGGUAAUUCCUGGAGGAUUGUAAAAAUGUAUAGAAAUCAGCAUGAAGAAAGCGAAAGUACAUACAGAAUUUUCAAAGCGUGAAGAAUACAAAAGACGGUGGGUACAUAGGUGGGCUGGGGUAGGGGAAGGUAAAUUAUGAUUCAUACAAUGCAAAUGAAAAAAGAAAGUGUUUUUUUUAUAAGGGAUGUAUAUUUAUUGUAGCAGUGGAACUGAUUAAAUGAAAUAGAUGUGAUCAUAUGUAUACAGACACUUAAGUAUUGCUUUAUCUUUAUGCUUUUUAUGGAAAGCUUUGUGUGGCCAUGGCGGCAGAAUCUAUGAAAUGCACUACAUUUAUUUUUGUUGCUGCAGCUUUGCUUUGUUCUAUGUACACUACUGAAUUUAAAGCAAAGCCAUCUUUGCCUGCACAGAGAGAGACUUCGACUUGAUUCUUACUAAAAAAUAUUGCCCAGUGCGACUGGUGGCCUGUUGAAGAAACAAAAUGUGCUUUAUAACUCAAGAGACAAUCCAUCAUUUAAACUUCAUUUCAACAUGUUCAUGUGGGGAAUUCUAUUAUAUGAUGUACAUGUGAUUGUAACUUAUUUUAAACAUGUUUAUUAAUAGUAUUGUGCUUCAGCUUCUUACAAAAACAUUGAUUUCUGCUUUUUUACAGAUCUAAAAUGCAUUUCAGUCUUUUGUGGAUUAUUAUUAUUAUUAUUAUUUUUUGGUUCCUCAUCAUUUUCAGUGUUUAACUUGAAUUCUAUAGACUACAUGAGGACAUUCCUGGCAUUUAAAAAGAAAAACCUCAGUGGUGUAACUGGUUUGUUAAAGUUGUGUUUGUAAGUGGAAACAAGUUCUCUAUGACACAAGACAACUUGCAUUUUAAAACGUACUACAUGUACAAUACUCUGCAGUAUUUAAAAUGGUAACAUUGACUCUGGUAAUGUCUUAAUUUGUCAUUUAUAUUUAGCACACACAGCACUACAUGCUUAAACAACUGGAUUCUUUGUUUUCUCAAAAACUGAACUGUUUAAAAAGUCAAUAUAUGUUUAUCCUCAAUUUAUAUAUAUAUUUUUUAAGUCUAAAAUUGACAGCAUUUAUAUUAGUGAGUUCUACAGUAUUGCAUUAUGGCAGACAUUUAAGAUGGUAGUGAAUUGUACUUGAAUCCCAAAAAACACUUUUGUGAAUGCAGCCCUGGACUAAUUAGGCAAUUUUUCCCUUUUUCAAUAGAUGGAAUUCAUGUUGAGUUAUGAACUAAAAUGUGGAGUCAUUAUCCUAAAAAUGAAGGAUGUCUGGUGCUCAGUGUUCCAUUUCACAUGCACAGGAGUUAUCAUGCUUUAUUUUUUUUUAUGUACCAGGCUUAUACUAUUUAUGUAAGUAUUAUUAGCUUUAUUUUUUCUUAAACUUUGUGAGUCAAAAGUGAAAGCUUUAUGAUAGUCGUAUGCUACCUGACUUAUUAAGCAGUAUUUUUGUCCAAAUGGGUUAGUGAUUGUUUCACAAAACAAUGGCUUCUGAAAUGUAUUUAAUUUAAUAACAACUGUAUCUGUUGCUACACCCUAAUGGAACAAGAACAGGCACUGAAAAUUUAAUAGUGGACAUAUGUGAAUUAUUUUUCCUAAUAAAUAAGGAAAUCAAGGGAAAAUCUUUAUGAACAUUUUGUUUAAAUUAUUUAUACUUAGUUUAAUCUGAAAGCCAAGAGGACAAAAGUACAUUUUUCUCACCUUACUAGAUGAUGAUAGUCACAAUUCACAAAUGGAUUUGAGCAUUGUUUUAGGAACCUGAAAUAGCUACAGCCUGUGUUGUCAGGUUGUUUUUGGCCCAGUGUUACUACAACAGAACAAUUUAUGUUUGAAACCAAUGCAUGUACAGUACAAUACAAGAAAGCUUUGUAUCCUGUUGUCCUGCAUUCAUGCUAUUUUAUUUGUGAUUCAUGCUCAUGUCUAUAACAGUCUGACUCUAUUAAACUGCAGCUAAUUGUG